AUACAAACAGCAGAUCGAGGACUUUCUUGUACCAUUGAGUUAAUUUUGGGUGUUUUCUCUUUGUCAUCCUCUCAUAAGGGUCCUAAGGGUUUGACAGCUCUACACGCUGGAAUCUCUCUCUCACUGACCAGUUGGGAGAAGAUCAUGGAGAAGAGGCCAGAAACGAUCAAAGAAGGAGAUGAUUUGGGGUGGACCCCUCUUCAUUACGUCGCUUACUUGGGCAAAGUCGAAGCAGUUCGACUACUCUUGCAACACGAUACUUCUGUGGCAUACGAUUUAGAUAAAGCGGGGGAAUCAGCUCUUCACCUUGCAGCAUAUCAAGGCUAUGUCAAUGUCAUUGUCGAGCUUAUUAGAUCCUGUCCUGAUGCUUUUGACUUGAUAAACACCAAAGGGCAAUCGGCUCUUCAUGCAGCCGUUAUCGGUGGACAAGAGAAUGUAAUCAAGUACAUACUAGGGAUGCCAAACAUGGAGGAUCUUAUCAACGAACAAGACAACAAUGGAAACACGGCUUUGCAUUUGGCUGCACUUCAUAAAAAAUACAAUAUCAUAUACAUACUUGCACAAGACAAGAGGGUGGACCAUUUGGCCAAAAAUAAGGAUCAUUUCACUGCUCUUGACAUUUUCUCUGCCCAUAAUGAGGUUGACUAUAAAGCUAAUAAAGUUCAUCACCUGUUGAAAGGAUCUCAUGGAAUCCCGGGUUUUCAAGGUUGGUUUAUUGAAUACGGUAAGAAGAGGUUAGACAAGCAAUUUGUUCUAGAUCGACCAUCUGUGUCUAUAACCACAAGAAGUAAUAUUCCCAACCAAGAUAAUUUUGAUUUGUCGAAGAAAGGCAUUAUGGACGUUCAACUACUAGUGGCGGGGCUCAUAGCCACAGUAACCUUCGCCGCAGCCUUCACAAUGCCUGGAGGUUAUAACAACGAUGGACCAAAUCGAGGAACGGCAAUUUUUGCUAAGAGGGCAAGUUUCAAAGCCUUUGUAAUGUGUAACACUUGUUCGUUCCUUUGUUCCAUCAUAGCAAUAAUCUUGCAUUGUGAAAGUACUAUGUUCAGCUAUCGCCCAGAGCCGAGACACAUCCCGACCGUGGGAUGUUGCAUUGCAGUUGCGACAGUGGGGAUGAUGAUGUCCUAUGUUUUCGGGAUAAAUACUGUAUUGCAUAGACCCAACGAGAGAAUCGGGGAAAGCAUCGCUCCCUAUUGUGCGUGGGGAGUUAUCUUCACUGUGUCAUUACUUUAUGAUUACCCAGACCACGAGGCUCAUUCGUGGGUGCUAGGUAGCUCUCCCAAAAGAUACAUCCGAAGGUUUUUGUUUAAGUUUGGGAUGCCAUUGCUUGAUUUCAAAGCAAGGCUCAUCGAUUGGUCGCGAGGAAAGCUAAUGAGUUGGACCGGUUCUACAUUCCGGUGACCUUGCGCACAGGAAAUUUUCUUUUUUACUUUGUCAGCCGUCGAUUUCGAGCACUUUUAUGUCAGCUGUCCAAUGUAAAACCUGUCAACGUCCAUCGUUGGGUUGAUCGCCCGCUAGAUUGCCGUGCUCAAGAUGAAGGUUUGCACGCCUCCGGAGUUUUGUCGAAGAAUGUGAUGUUUAGUUGUUUGGUAGCGUAUAGUUGAAGUUGCCCUUGAAUUUGGGACUUUGCCUUCUUACUUCUAUGCAUCUCUCUUCUUGGCGCAGUAGCGCAAAACCACAGAAAGUGCCAUAACAUUUUCAGCAUCUGUUAAGAGCAAGAGUCGUGGGCGAUGUAAGAUCCUUCCUAUCCGAUUCUUUGAAAAACUUCAUAGGCCUUCUUGGAA